ACCUACUUUUCUAUAUCUCUUUCUCUCUCUCUCUAGACAGCAGUCAACCACAAAGCAAGAAGAGCUAGAGGAAGAAGAAACCCACCAAUUCCACUUUGGCUCUAAAACAUUUGCAGAUUAAUCUCCGAAGUUUCUCUCCCUAGAGUAGAUGGGUAUUGUCAACUGGCCAAUAAUGUCUUGAGAGGUAGUAUGAUCUUGAUUCCUCUGAAACCCACAUGAAACUCAUGGAUUCAAAUACCGGUUCAGACCAACCCAGGCAGAAGAACCAAGAAGAAUCUUCUCUCAACCCGGUUCCACUCCAAAGAAUUCAAUCAGACCCCGGAGGACCCCAUCACGGCCCCUUCAUGGGCUCCAUCCCCACAGAAAAAUCCGGAGGAUUACUAAUCUCAACAACUACUUCCACCGCCGCCACAUCCAAAAUUACCAAAAAGUCCUCCAAGGACCGUCACACCAAGGUCGACGGCCGCGGCCGCCGCAUCCGCAUGCCGGCCGUGUGCGCCGCCAGGGUCUUCCAGCUGACGAGAGAGCUGGGCCACAAGUCCGAGGGCGAGACCGUCGAGUGGCUCCUCCAGCAGGCCGAGCCGGCCAUCGUCGCCGCCACCGGCACGGGCACGAUCCCGGCCAACUUCUCCACCCUCAACGCCUCCCUCCGCAGCGGCGGCGCUAAGUCCGCCCCGGUUUUUAUCCACGGCGCCGCGCUAGGGUUUCAAGGAGGCAGCGGUUACGGGGAUUUCGCUGACGCUCGCAACCCGACAAGUACAGCAAGCGAGACCUCAGCUCCAGCUGUCAAAUCGGCCAGAACCGGAGACCAGGGUGACGAACCGGGGUUGGACCCAAAACCCGGUUCGUUCCACUCAUCGAGUUUUUUCCCAGCACAGGCGAUGUGGGCGGGUGGGAACGGGUUCUGGAUGGUUCCGGCGGCCACUUUGGUGGGUGGAGGACAGGCGGAGCACCACCAGAUGUGGCCGUACAAGGGCCCGCCGGUCCAGAGAAUAGGGGCGUUGGAGUUCCCUGGUGGAGGCCGGUUCAGUCCGGUUCAGUUGGUGCCGCAAGCGCAUCCGGUUCAGCAGCUGGGGUUGGGUGUUUCAGAGGGUAGUAUGGGAAAUUCGGGCUCAAUGAAUGCGUAUGGGGGUGGUGGAGGAGGUGGUAGGGUUGAGUUGGGUAUGAAUUUGGAGCGGAGCCACCAGGCCCACCAUCAAAACCACCAGGCUCAGCAAUCUCAAGAUAGUGAUGAUAGUGGUGAUGAGAACCCUAAAGAUGAUUCCGAUUGAAAAUUUCUUUUUUCAAGUUGAUUUAUUUUAGUGUCUGAUUGAUUAAUGAAUGAGUGCUGCUUAUUUUAAAUUUUGGUGUUGUAUUUCUCGAUUGUCUAUAUGUAGUGAUUUAAUUGUAAAUUUAUUUUAUUUUA